GAAGAUCGUAAAGUUUGAGUGUAGAAAAAUCCCAAACCAAGCUGCAUUAUUGUUAAGUAGAUACAAAACAAAACCCACUUGAAGUGGUCGCGUAGCCCACUUGACAAGAUUCUAAUAGCCUUUGAAAAGCGCAUGACCACUGAUUUUGUAAAUAGAACAUCUAAUUCUCAUCACCGUAUCACUGCUCAAGUCGUUCUUGUGUUGGUUUAGUCAUGGCUCAGCUUGCUCAGCUCUCAAAGCUCGAGAGGCAGAUAGGAAUCAAGAGUUCUCCAGACAAGUUCUAUGGCUUCUUUAGAAAUAAUAUGCCCCGUUUUCCUCAGAUGUUUCAGAGUAACAUUAAGAGCUUUGAAAUUGUGGGAGGUGGAGAGCUCAAAUCUGGCUCUGUUACUCGCUGGAAAUAUUGCCUUGAUGGAAGUCCAUUGAUGGGAGCAAAAGUGAAGCUGGAAGCUAUAGACGAUGCAAGGAAGACAAUGAUUUUUGAUGUUGUGGAAGGGGAUGUAUUGAAGAUGUAUAAGAGUUUCAAGGCCAAAGUUGAGAUUGGUGCUGAUUACGUGAAAUGGAGUUUGGAGUAUGAGAAGGCAAACAACAACAUCCCUGACCCAGAUGUCUACUUGGAUAUGGCAGCCAAGCUCUCCAAAGGAAUAGAUGCUCAUCUUUCUAAAUAAGUAGAGCUUCACAGAAGCGAUUCAAGGUACAUAAAGUUUAUUUAUAAUCCUACUCAUUGUAAGUUUGUAAUAAUCAUCGGAAUGUGGCAUGUAGUUUUGUAAUAAAGCAACAGGGAUACCUUGAUGCUACAU